GCUCCUGACAGAGCGCGCGGCGGCGCGGACAGGCGGGCGCUGAGGUGUUCGGGACGCCGUCGCCCUCGCGGCCCCGGCUGAGCCGCCCUCGCCCGCUGCUCCGGCCGGCUCCGCUCCUCGGCGGGCGCGGGGCUUGAGGGGCGGCGGAGCCCCGCUGCGGAGGAGAGCGGGCGGUGAGCGACCCGCCGCCGGUCCGCGUCUCGCCGGGCGCCCGCUGGGGGCGGCCGCCUGCCUGCCUGCCUGCCUGCCUGCGAGCAUCGCGCCGGGGCGCGGGCAUGGCAGAACCCACCUUGCAGCUUCUCUGCGGCGAGGCUCGCCCGAUCCACUCCCCGGAAUGAAGAGGAGAGACUCGCGGUCCCCCGGUGAGGCACUGAGAGCCGGAUGGCGAGAAGAUCUUACCGGACAGAGGCCAGCGAUCGCUUGGGAGGUCACCCGGGCUUCUGGAUGUAAUCGGAGAGCGUGAAAGAGGUGGCCUCGUAAAAAAGAAAAAAAAGAAAAGAAGAAGAAGAAAAAAAAAGCACAACAAUCCUCGGAGAGGAGGGAAAUUGAGUUUCUCUGUUUUUUAUUUUUCUUUUUUUUUUUUUUUUUUUUUUUUUUUUUUGCCGAGGUUUUGAGAAACGGUUCGAUGUGUCGUACAUUUGAUGUAAGAUGAGAACUUUAUGAAGUAUUCCGUCCGAGAGCCUAAACGAUGACUACCCCAGCGCUGCUGCCCCUGUCUGGUCGUAGGAUACCACCUCUGAACCUGGGGCCGCCCUCCUUCCCACACCACAGGGCUACCUUGAGACUCUCCGAGAAGUUUAUCCUUCUCCUCAUCCUUAGUGCCUUCAUCACCCUGUGUUUUGGGGCAUUCUUCUUCCUUCCAGACUCUUCAAAACACAAACGCUUUGAUCUGGGCUUAGAAGAUGUGUUAAUUCCUCACGUAGAUGCUGGCAAAGGGGCGAAAAACCCCGGAGUCUUCCUGAUCCAUGGACCCGACGAACACAGACACAGGGAAGAAGAAGAACGCCUGAGAAACAAGAUUCGAGCUGAUCAUGAGAAGGCCCUGGAAGAAGCAAAAGAAAAACUAAGAAAGUCAAGAGAAGAAAUCCGUGCAGAAAUUCAGACAGAGAAAAAUAAAGUAGCCCAAGCAAUGAAGACAAAAGAGACCCGAAUUCUGCCACCUGUCCCUGUUCCACAGCGUGUAGGGGUUAGUGGUGGAGACCCAGAAGACACAGAGAUCAGGAAGAAAAGAGAAAAAAUUAAAGAGAUGAUGAAGCAUGCCUGGGAUAAUUACAGAACAUAUGGAUGGGGACAUAAUGAGCUCAGACCUAUUGCAAGGAAAGGGCACUCCACUAACAUAUUUGGAAGCUCACAGAUGGGUGCCACCAUAGUGGACGCUUUGGAUACCCUAUAUAUCAUGGGGCUUCAUGAUGAAUUCAUGGAUGGGCAAAGAUGGAUUGAAGACAACCUUGAUUUCAGUGUGAAUUCGGAGGUGUCUGUGUUUGAAGUUAACAUCCGGUUUAUUGGAGGCCUCCUCGCGGCAUAUUACCUGUCAGGAGAGGAAAUAUUUAAGACUAAAGCAGUGCAGUUGGCUGAGAAACUCCUUCCUGCCUUUAACACACCUACUGGGAUUCCCUGGGCAAUGGUGAAUCUGAAAAGUGGAGUAGGUCGAAACUGGGGCUGGGCGUCUGCAGGUAGCAGCAUUCUGGCUGAAUUUGGCACACUGCAUAUGGAGUUUGUCCACCUCAGCUACUUGACUGGUGACCUGACUUACUACAGAAAGGUCAUGCACAUUCGGAAACUACUCCAGAAAAUGGAACGCCCAAAUGGUCUUUAUCCAAAUUAUUUAAACCCAAGGACAGGGCGCUGGGGUCAGUAUCACACAUCAGUUGGUGGACUGGGAGAUAGUUUUUAUGAAUACUUACUGAAAGCAUGGCUGAUGUCAGAUAAAACAGACCAUGAGGCAAGAAAAAUGUAUGACGAUGCUGUUGAGGCUAUAGAAAAACAUCUUAUUAAGAAGUCCCGAGGGGGUCUUGUCUUUAUUGGAGAAUGGAAGAAUGGACACUUGGAAAGGAAGAUGGGUCAUUUGGCCUGCUUUGCUGGGGGAAUGUUUGCACUCGGAGCAGAUGGUUCCAGAAAAGACAAAGCUGGUCACUAUUUAGAGCUAGGGGCAGAAAUUGCACGAACGUGUCACGAGUCAUACGAUAGAACUGCAUUAAAACUAGGUCCUGAGUCAUUCAAGUUUGAUGGUGCAGUGGAAGCCGUGGCCGUGCGGCAAGCUGAAAAGUAUUACAUCCUUCGUCCAGAAGUAAUUGAAACAUAUUGGUAUCUGUGGCGAUUCACCCAUGACCCAAGAUACCGGCAGUGGGGCUGGGAGGCAGCACUGGCUAUUGAGAAGUAUUGCCGAGUCAGUGGUGGGUUUUCUGGAGUCAAGGAUGUGUACUCCCCUGUUCCUACGCAUGAUGACGUGCAGCAGAGCUUCUUUCUUGCUGAAACAUUAAAAUACUUGUACCUGCUGUUCUCUGGCGAUGACCUUCUACCUUUAGACCACUGGGUGUUUAACACAGAGGCUCACCCUCUGCCGGUGUUACAUUUAGCCAACACCACUCUUUCAGGUAACCCUGCUGUUCGGUGAACACAGCUCCGGAAGGACCAUUCUUAUCUGUGUUUUGUUUACAUGGACCACUGCAGAAAUUGUCUGGAGAGGCGGCUUUUGAAAACCUGGACCUCUACGUCAACAUGCCGGGUGAAACUUCCCUGCAAGACUUUUCACUUGUAGAUAUAUCAACUUUGAAAUUAUUCCAUUUUCUACCUGACCAAAACAUGUUCUGGUACAUGUAGGGCAGAGACCUGAUGUGCUCUGGUUCUUAAUGAGAUGGCCACAUGAGAAACAAUGUCUUAAUCUGUAUUGUUAGUGCAAGCCAAGAGCAUUGAGCACCUCACAGCAGUUAGAGCUGGCUUUCGGAACCAGCUAUACAUUUGUUUCCUCCCACAGUGGAGCAGCUUUCAAAUCAAAUAUUACACAUUGCUUAGCCCCUUUACUCCAUUUUAAUAAUGGAACAAACAAAUGAACAGGAACAAAGAACAGUGUAACUACCUUGGUAGCAAGAAGACUUUUCAAGCUCCUCAUUGGAUUUUUACCAGGCUGGCAACCACUUCAUUCCCAACCUACUUUAUUAAAAUCUGUUUAGAUUUAGUUUUUCUCUGGGGGCAUGAUCUCAUGAAGAAUACUUUUCAAGUCUUUGUCUCCAUAUGGUAUGCUGAAACUGGUAUUUAUCAUAACUGCUGCUUAUGAGCCCAAGUAUGGGAGUGUGCAUGUAGCUCACGCUAGGUGUUGGUAGCAUGACGGAAGGCGGGGAAAGUGCCAGUUUGUUGCCUUGAAACCUGUUUUAGAGAAAUCUUGAUUAUUGUUGGUAAGAAAUUAUUCUUCUGAACCAUCAAUUCUAUCAAUCAGAAAUUAUCUGCUUUAAUCUCAUAACACAGUUAAUAGUCAUUCACCUUACACUUCCACGUGGCUUGGCAAAAUUCACUCUACUGUUAUGCAGCUUUGUAUUUGCUAGAACAAGCCUAAUCACUUUCAUAGCUGACUGAAGCAAAGGCAAAACAUUACAGUGUCCUUGAGCAGAGGGGUCAGGUCCUUUACCUCACAUGUGUGAGCUGCUCACAAAGAUUUCGUGUUUUUAAGUUUUUCCAAGAAUAUUAUGUAUCCAAAGAAUUAAUAGAAUAGCUCCAAAAUAAUUUUCAGUGGCAAAUGUGUGAUGUAAUGAAUCAUACUCACUAAAACUGACAUAAACCUAAGGGACUUACAGGUCUUGCAUCAUGAGUCGUUCUUUUGUUGUUCUUGUUGUUAUUAUUGCUCUAUAUUUUGGCAGAAAAAAGUAAAAUUUUAUCAAGAACUGUAUUAUAAGAUAAAUAGUGAUGCUUAUACAUUUUCUGUCCCUUGAAUUUCUGUGACAAUACAAGACACUUUUUCCUCUUUUUUAUUUAGUACAGACAUCAUCUAUUGAUAAUAAAACUUGAGAAUACUAUAAUCUAAUAUUUACUCUGAAUUUUAAUAUUUCAUGAAGCAGUUUGUUCAUGAACUCUACUUGGAAUUCUGAAAGCUUAUUUCCUUGUCUGGUAGCUUUUGGUUUUAGCCCUCUGCUAGCAUGUAGAAGAUUUAAAUUGUGCGGGGGGGGGGGGGGAGAGAACAAUAUAAUUGGACAUAAGGGUGGAUAUCUUAAACCAUAAAUAAUCAUCUGCCCGUCAGAGGUCAGCCAGUGCUCCAUAAACUUGCCACCUCAAACUUGCUCAGUAUUCGCAGAAGACAUGUAGAGAGUGAGUUCUAGUACAUUUCAAAGUGUAAUAUCUUUUCUUACUUGAAAUUUUUAAACUGUAAAUGAGAAAGGCAGAUGGUUAUUACUUUAGAAGAGAAGGUGGAGGUUUUGGUUCUCACAAAGAAGAAAAGGUGAGCCUUCUAUAAACGGCACAAACCCACUCACAACUGAAAAAAGCUGGGAGUGGCAGGGACCAGAGCAGCAAGCAGGGAGCCCUCUGUACACACAAAUUCAGUGAAAGCGCCAUGUUGGUUCCCCCAGGAAUUCUCAGAGGAGACAGAACACUUCUCCCCCUCCCCACCCCACUCCCCCAUGCUCUGUAUGGUUCACUUGAUCCUAGAGCUGAUCCUAGAGUGGAAGAGAGAAGGCUCAGGUGUGAUCAGGACAUGGUUUACACCAAGAUCUUAAAACUAUCAUUUUACCAUCCCUACCCUUGUGAUGAGAACUAGAGCUUGUAAUAAUGCUUUUUCUUCUCUGAAUACCAAAGGCAAUUAAAGUCAGGUACAAAUGACUUGCCAGUGUCAUGUUUUAUUUUGUUAGAUUUUUUUAAACAUUUUUUUCAAAAUUUACCAUUAUCCCUUUUUUUUUGCUUACUUUUUAAGUGUGUAUUUUCUGCCAUCCUUCAUAUCCUUGGCAUUCUGUAGACCUCAGUACUUAGGUUCUAUACUCAUUGUGCUUAUAAAACCUUAAAAGAACCCAGAAAUGAUGGCUCACUGGUGCCUCUUCAAAGAGCUGGCACCUUACCUUCUACUUUGGGUACAGUUGUGCAUAGAUAACACAUGAUAGGCAGGGGCUGUUGAAGCCCUCUGCCUUCCGUAUUUAUUGUUCGUUUUAGAAUCACACCUUUUGAUUCAAGCCAGAUUUUUAGAAAAUUAAUGAACCAAUAUGAAGUUCUUAAAACUGAGACUGAGCCCCUCACAAGGAAGUCUCAGUGCAGAAAAGUCCUGGGUUGGAGGUUCUUUCUUCGAGGUGUUUGUGCACCUCUAAUACCAACCUAUUGUCAACUUUCAGCUCGUAUAUAUCCACACAGAAAAGCCUGGGUAUUAAAGGAAUGCAUUCUUUUUGCACAAUAUUGAUCCUGAUUUCCUAUGAUGCCAUCAAGGACACCAAGGCGUCCCUUGGCAGGUUUUAAACAAGAAAUUUGAGGUCAUGAUCCUCAGCUUCUCAUCUUUUCCAACUUUUAUUGCCAAAGUCUUUGUCAAAACUCUGAAUUUAUUGACAAAAAAUUGUGCUUGCCAUACUUCACAUGAUGCAGUCUCCCCUUAAGCCAGAUUUCUCUGAAUGAGUGCAUGCAUGAGAGUGUGAAUGAACAAACAGGUGUGUGCCAAGCUCUGUGCCUGGCACGUCUCGAGCCUUAGAACCUGUCGUGUGAUUCCAGUGGCAAUUUCUGUAUGAGAAUGGUUCGUACCAUUUUAAAUGUUUUCCAAAAUAAAUCAUGUUACAAAAUUCUUAAUUUUAUAUUUCAUUUAAAUUAAAGAGGAAGAUAAAAGGUUUAUAAUAUAUUUUAAACACUGUUACAAUAUAAUACUAACAACUAUAAUUGUAGUUGAUAACUAAAGUCUCUUGGAAAAUGUCAAAGAAAUAUUUGAUUUCUGAUGCAUCUUUGACUAAAACAUUUACUUUAAAAAUAAAAACAUUCUUAUUUUGUUAUAUCACUUUAAUUACAUGAUUAAAAUCAAUAUUUUGUAGAAGUGCGCGUUAUUUUAUAUUUUAAAAAUUUCUCUAAUUCAUGGGUACACCUUGCAGUUGUAAAUUAUUUUUUCUCUACUUCCUACUAAUGGUAGCACCUGUAUUUCUCACAUAUAAAGAAAACAUACUAAAAUGUCUCUAAUCCCAGUUACUAGCACAUAGUAGAUGUAACUUCAAGUUCCUCCUUUUCUCUGGUUCUUUACACUGGAAUUGUCUAGCUCCUGCCUCACCUGCAUACCCAAUAAACACAGAUCUGAAUACUGUAUGCUCACUGAUAGGCAGAGGAUAGUUGUUCUGGGCCACACCUUGUCUGCAGAGUACUUAAGUAAUAAGCACCCAGUGGGGCUGUUUUGAUUCGCUCCUUGUGGUUUAAGGACACUGGAAAGCAUGCUUCUUCAGCUCAUCCAUACCCUGGUAGAGGUGUUCUUUUUGCUCUACAUGCAGCCAGCCAGCUUUUCUGAAAACGGCCAGAUAGUGGUUUAUGGUCUGCUUGUAGCUCUCUUAGUAUUCACUUCUGCUGUUGUAGCUAUAGAUAAUAUGCAAAUAAAUGGGUGGAGCUUUGAUGCAAUAAACUUUAAUUAAAAAAAAAAUGGAGGCCUAAAUUUGGCACCGAAGUCACAGCUACUGACGUUUAUCCCAAGUUUAAUUUGUAUUAUACCCUCUAACCUUUAACUUGUGUCUUUCUCUUUUAUUUGCAUAAUUCACUUUAAAGCAGAAAGAUGUAUGUAUGUACAAUUGUAUGUAUUUGUAUCACCUAAAGCUGUAUAUUUUGUUGUCUUGAAAGUGGAUACAUUUUUCAGGGUAUCUUCAGGUUUCAGGACAAUAUGAUUGUCAUGAAAGAGGCAGAAUGGGAGAUUACACUUUCGGCACUUGUCUUCAUCUUGUUAUUCAAUGUCAUAAUUCCAGACUGCUCAUGGAAAAGUAAUCUGUAUGGCAUCAAAAUAUUCUUUCUAACUUUGCCAAGACUCUAGAAUGUAGAAUUUAUUCACUCUCUUUUUUUUUAGAGCUUUCAAAUGAGAACAUAAUAGAAUUCUGGAUCUUGGUGCUGCAGAAAACAAUCUUUUGAAAAACAGUAUGCAACACAAAAUGGAUUCUGUGCCCAGUUCACCCCUUGGCACAGCCACUGCAGUCUGCAGGGUGCUUACCACUGUCACUCCUAGAACAGCUGAAGUCUGAGUGAAGAUAAGUACUCAGAGGCAUGCCCCUUCUUCCUUUGUUCAUGGCGCUCCACAGCACUUUCACAAGUAUGUCAGUAUGCAUCACUUUCCACUCAAAGCGUCCUUCAGCUGCGGCGUUAUACUUGCACUGUUUAACGACUUAGCAGCAGCUGCAGGACUCACGAAGUUUAAAACUACGUGGAGUCAUCUUACUAGCCUACAUGUUGCAGUGUGCCAGUCCUGACAGGUAAUAAGCUUUUCAUGAUGUUUUUGUAGCACUUCACUACUUUUGGAAAUGAAAUGUGCAUUCAGAAUGAUAGGAUAUAGAGAGCUCUUGUCUCAGCCCUUGUCAUUGUGUGGGUGAACUGCCUUUUUAGGCCCUGCCUACUCAGAGGUCAUACUCUGUGCACUUUGGUACUCCAGACACAUUCAGAGCAUACAUGCAGAGUAACACAUGAGGCAGACAGACACCUUGCAGUAACUUGUAUGCUAUAGAACUCUGCAUAUGACACACCAGAAAACCAUGAGAAGCAGAGGUCCUUAUUGACAGAAACUCACAGUUCAUUUUUGCUGGGUUAACUAAAUACAGUAUCCCUAAUUAUAAUUGUUGGUUUGGAAGUUGAAAUGCCAUUCUUUAUCGUCAUUGGCCUCAAAUUCACUUAUAAUUUUUCCCUAAACUAAUAAGUGGGUAAGUAUAACCUGUGUUGUUACCCACUGGCUGCUCCUGAACUGGUUUCCAGUCAUAUCCUCCAUAAUGUGAUUUUUUUUUUUUUUUAUUAAAUCAAAGGUAAUAUUGUAUAUUGGAGAUCAAAUAAAGAUGUUCUUUAAGUGAAAA